CCUUGUUACUGCUUUUACUUUCAGUUUCAUCUUACCAUCAUGAAGUUUGGAAGUGAAGUUCUGCUGCUGGCUAUUCUAUUAAGUGUUGUUGUGUUAGCUGAUAAUUAUUACCACAAUACUACAGACAGACAUGAAAAUCAAAAAGCUUCCAAUUCCACUUUACACAAGGUCUGGAAGAGAGAAAAGCCUUGUCUGGGAGAUGAAUACCUCACAGAAACUCACUGCUGUAAAUACUGCAAUGCAGGAAAAUAUGCAGAGUCGGACUGCACUGAGGAACAUGGUUAUCCAACAUGCCAGGAUUGCACCGAAGGGAAGGAUUACAUGGAUGAAAAGAAUAGCUUAACUAUGUGCCAUAAGUGCUUGCAAUGUGAUCCUCAACUAGGUCAGAGAGAGGAACAACCUUGUACUGUGCUCCACAAUACUGUGUGUAAAUGCGGUGAACACUUCUUCUGUGCUGAAAAUGAAACGGCUAAAUCUGCCAGCUGCACAAAGUGCCAGCACUGCACCCUGUGUGACUAUGGUUAUGCUGAAAUAUGUACAGACACCAAAGAUGCAAUGUGCAAGUCUGAAAGAAACCACCAUGCGUCAAAAGCUGCAUCGGUUGUGGUUUUCAUACUAUUCUUUUGUUGUGCGUGCUAUGUGUGCUGGGUGAGUAUGUAUUUACAUACAGUACAAUUGUCUUUUCAGAGACAAUGCCGGCUGCGCAAACAAGAGGAUGAGAAGAAAAGACAGUCUCCAAUUUUUGAUGUACUUAUCGGUGCUGCAGAUCCACCAAGCGACACUCCUCCUAUACUUCCAGUUCCAGAGUACCUUGAAGUUGAAGAUAUUGACUUGACUGAGCUUCUCCUGGCCUUCUCGAACACCAUGGAUUAUUCAACUAAUGUUAUGCUCGUACGCGAAAUGCGAUUGACAGAUCCAAAGAUUGAUGCCAUUCAAUUGCAAUACCAAAAUCAAGUUAAUGAACAAAAAUAUCAGCUGCUGAAGGCAUGGUAUGAACAACAUGGGAGCAAUGGAGCAUUUCAGAUGCUUAUCCGAACACUUGAGAAUAAUCAAAAAAGAUUGAUUGCCGAAAAGCUAAUUCAAAUCGCUACAAGCCACAAGCAGUAAAUUCAGGGUUAAUUGUGUAUCUCUGUUUAUUGUCCUCAGGGAGCAUUUUGUUAAUGAAACUCACUAAGGUUAGUGUCGAACCGCUUUACAUUUCUCAUGGUUCUGUUAGUCUAAAGGUCCCUCCAUCCACAUUAGAGAAUUUUUGGCCAAGUGGGAUUGGCUGACAAUUCUAAUUUGUAUGGCGGGGCUCUUGACUCUCUCCCAAAAGAUGAUGUCGGGGUAGAAAAGGUUAGUGUAACUUGAAAUUGAACACCCAAUCCUUCGUUGACUUGGGAGAUAAGUUACUGCCAUAGGUGUAUAGAUAUGGGGCAGUCGGGAGAGAUAUGUAGCUGUCAGCUAUUAAAGGUGCACGGGUGAUGUGAUUUCUGCUUGUGUUAUCCCUACUGUAUUUGCCUUGGACAUAGGUGGCCUCCUAUGAACAGGGUAUGGCCAGGAGAAGAAAACACUUAGAUAUUAGAAAAUAGUAAAACUGAAAUGGUUCUCUAAACAUAACGGUCCGUGCGAUCUGCUGAUCGCUAUGGGGGGAAUUUAUCCUGAGGGUAAUGAAGUCAGUUUAGUUUGAGUCUGCGUUGGCCUACUUUGGGCCAAAUUUUUCAAAACCUAACACUUUCGUCUAAAAAUGGUACUCUAGUUUUUCCACGUUACCCCCACUGGAGUGUGUUUCCAACUUUUUUCCGACUUCCGCGGUGAUAAAUCUGGAGUGAAACUCGUUACCAUAACUAAAAACACUUGCUUUCACAACAUUUUUUUUAGCAAGUCACCCAACAACAGUUGUAAAUGCAUAAUUUGCUACUUUUUGAAGCAGGAAUUUUCGGAGUACAGGGAGUGAUAAAUUCCCCCAAUGUGUCCUGCUUUUGGACAAUCCAGCACUCUAGAAAAGGAUGAGUUUGUGCUAAUACACAGGAGCUAAUCUGGAUGAGCAGAGCUACAGUAGGGGGAGGCAUAAAGCAACAGCCCGAGCCGCUGAUAAGACAGGGAGUUAACUUCAGACUACCUCAGUCUCCUGCAGCCAAUGGGAGAAACACAGCAAGCCUCCAAUAAUUAAGAAAAUACAGUAUAUACCAGAUAUUAUUAAUCAUACUCAGAGACUUAAAUAAAAGUCCACAUCUUACAAUAUAACAAACUGAUUUGUACACGUUGGAUUACAGCUCAUGGUAUAUGUCAUUUAAGGGAGUCUGUGGCCAUAAAAAAAACGGCCUUUACCUACUAUUAUGUGUGAGCAGCUGAAGAAACCAACAAUGUAAUUGCUGUAUUAUCUCCAAACUCACUUUCACACCUCCAUAGUAAACCUGCAAAUAGCCCUUGCCCUCUGUGUUAAUGAAGCACCUAGGAGUAUUUAUCCGACCUUAGGAGUCGGAUAGAUUCCUUACUGUGCAUAUCAAGCCCCUGCUGCAGGAGAAAUAUACCCCACUGAUGCCCAUAUGC